AUGGCCGCCAAUUUCCCCCACAGCGACUCGGCCGCUGUCGCCCAGCCAGCAACAAAGGCUGCCCCGGUGCCCAAGGCCAGCAACCGGCUGGACAUUAGCAAUCUCAUGUCCCCCCCUGAGAACCUGCUCGAGACUUUUAACCAGGUCAAGGCCCGUCGUCAGGAUUCAAAGACGCUCAAUGAAAUGACUUCGCUGCCGCUGCCCAUGUCGCCGCCCAUCUCGCCUUACACCAAGUAUGCCUCCAGCAAUGCCAGCAACGCCGACAACACUCCAAGCACGCCGCAGAGCUCGACCAUCCAGGAUCCCGUUCUGUACCCAAUUGAUGAGGCGUCGCCAUCGGGCCUGCCUCAGCCGCCAUUGUUUGCACCUGUCGAGGAUGAAGACACUCACAUGCAAAUCGUCGAUGACCAUGUCCGAGCCCUCAAGUCCACCGCCAACAUCUUCACCGUUGUCCCGCCUCCACGCCGUGAGGACUACAACCUGAUGAUCUCCAUCAAGUCGCAGGUCUUGAAGAACUUCAACAGCAACCCCAGAGCGUGGCUGAAAAACGAGCGAGCCUAUCUCAAGGCCGAUCGCGAUGCCGCCAUUGGAGCUCGUCGUCUGCCUGCUAUCCAGCCGGCCAAGCCAAUUGCAGCCAAGCCAGCCCGAUCUCAGCGCGCUGAUCGAGUCCUUGAUCGAGUCACCAGCCGGGUCUCCAAGCCACAGGCUCCGCGACCAAUUCGCUCCAGCGGUGUUCCCAACCCUGCUGCAACUGCUGCUUCCAGCGCUUUGGUUUCGACCCUUGCUGUUGCUCGAUCUACUGCUGGCCGCCGCCGUCCUAGUGCUACGCCGGAGCCAUCUCGCCGCAUCGUUGCUCCCAGCCGCGAGGACAAGAACUUCCAGAUGCUCCAGGACUUCUGCCCGCCUCUUGCUUCUCUUUCGGAUCGUGCUGCGUCCCAGCUCAAGCCAGAGUGGAAGGGCCAGCCCAUCGACCUCAGCAACGACCCCAACCGCAAGCUGCUGCACCCUGCCGAGCUCAAUCUUGCCAGCGGCCUUCGUCUGGACUGUGCCACGUACCUCACCAGCAAGCGACGCAUGUUUAUGCGACGUCUCGAGCGCUUCCAGAACGGCAAGGAGUUCCGCAAGACUGAUGCCCAGCAGGCCUGCAAGAUCGACGUCAACAAGGCUUCCAGACUCUGGACUGUCUUCCACAAUGCUGGCUGGCUCGAGCCUCACUGGAUG